AAACGCAUGUAAGCGUUUGUUUUGUCGUGCCGGUCGUUAUGGUAAUAUUAAAUUUUCUAAUAUUCACGCCACAUUUUCUAAUAUACAUAAUAGAAAUAACUUGAUAGUCAAUAUAUUGUUAUAAGUUUCUUUUUUUCUCUAAUAUAUAUAAAAAAUAAUAGGUGAUAUAAAAAAUAGUUUAAAAAAUAUAUAAGUGUAUAAAUUAAUAAAUUAAAAUGUUACCAAACUUCGAUGAUGAAGAUGAUCCUGGAGAGCCGAAAAUAGCAGGAACAUAUCGAAUUGAACAACCAAUUAAUAACUUUAAACUAAGAAUAAAAAUUUCUCAACAAAAAUCACCAAUAUAUGAUCUUUUUGAUGAUCCUCGUGAAACACUCGAUGCAAAUUUUCUCGAAGAAGAAGAAUACACAUUCUCAUGGCAGGAAAAAGUUUUCAGUCCAUUUGAAAUAAAAUAUUUAUCCAAUGAGAAAAAUUGUAUUACCGAUCAUCAAAAAAAUUAUCAUCAAAAAAUUUCUGAUGAAAAUAUUGAUGGCUGUCGAUUGUAUACAAAAAUUAAUGAUGAUUUCUAUUAUCCAGAUAAUUCAUUAUUCACAAGAUCAUUUACAUCGCCAUUGGCUAUUAAAAAUGAACAUGCAAUGCCGUGUUUGAGAAAUCGUAAACCAUUUUCACAACGUUAUAAUAAAAAAGUCAUUGACGAAAGUCCAAAUGACGAUAGAAUAAAUGCAAAUCAUUAUUUUUAUGCGGAACGUGAAAUUAUGUAUAUUUUAGCCGAUGUCAGUCCAAAUAAUGAGGAGCCAAGUAAUUCAAAAGAUUCUGAAAAUUUACUUUGUACUAUUACUUAUGAUAAAAUUCAUAAACUAUUAACAGUUGAUCCUGAUUUUUCAAAUGAAGGAUAUUAUCGAAUUUUUGGUACUGGUAUGGGUUAUGAUUAUUGGAUUUCACAUGAAUCAUGUGAUCUCACCGAAGAGGAUGAGGAAACAAUUGUAAAAACUUUAAAACAAGAAUUUCAAAAAGUGCAAAAUUUUAAAGAAUUUAAAAUAAAUCCAAAACUAGAACUUGUGCCAUUAAAUACAUUUCGAAUUAUUUUAAAUUUAGAAAUAAUAUCGGCUCAUGAUUUCUCGUACGAUUCUCUCUUUAUAACGUAUUUUUUGCAUCUUCCUAAAAAUUGGAAUACACCUCGUCAAGAAACAUUAGCUGGCAGAACACAAAGAUGUCGUAUGAAAAAGAAAACGGCAAAUUUCAGCUAUAUUAUUGAAACUUGUAUUGAUUUGAAUUUAAAAAGUCUCAAGAAACCAAAUGAAGCGCUCUCCUGGCCCUAUUUAUUAUUUACUGUUGCUUCACUAGACAAUUGGGAAAGAUGGAGAAUCGAAGGCUAUGGCUCGUCGAGUCUUCCUCUAAAAGCAGGAAAUCAUAAUUUAAAAAUUCACACUUGGCGACAAUCGGGAGGAUUCAUUGAAUCGCUGAGAUGGUUUUUCACCGGUGGAAUUAAUGAAUCGGAAAAUAAUUUCAACAUUACAAAUAUAUACGAAGAAAAGAAACUUGAUCGAAGAAUGGAGAAUAUAAUACCAAGUGGUUAUAUUAAAAUAAAAGCAAAUAUUGUUCAUCAAUCACAAAUAUUUACUAAAGACAGAAAUUUGGGGAAAAAUAUUUUUGACAAAUUAAAUUCAAAUAAUAAUCUCAUGAGUAAUGUUGAAGAUGUUUUAGUUCAAUUUCAAUUGGCAAGAGAAAGAAUGAUACGAGCUAAAAAUUUCUCCUGACACACAAUAUCGUCACUAAUUGAAUAAUUAUAAUUUUUUUUUUGUUUCUCGAAUUAAAUAAUUUAAAACAAAAAACUUUUUCCCCAAAAUUUCUGCUUAGUAUAAAAAUUCGCUUUUCAA